UCCGGAAGCACUUUUGUGUUGACGGAAUUACUUCCGGUACACAUGUUUCUCACGUUAGGAUGUGAAGUCCUUGGUUGAUUUCUUUACUCAAAAUGCGAUAAAUAGCCUCAUAUACACAAAAAAAUACCGUUUUUUUGUAACCGGAUAUUCUCUGAUAAUCUGACGGUGGCGGCAGUUUGUCCGGGAUACUCUGAGCCGGAAUGUCGUCAUUAUGGAGCCUGAGACCGGUGCUGACGUCACUGCUUCAAGCUUCCCAGCAUGCCUCUGGCUGGACGGGUCCCAUCCUCUCCAGGACGAUGGCCACCCUCAACCAGAUGCACCGCCAGGGGAAACCCAAACCGCCUCCGAAAUCUGUCGGCGCCACGUUCGGCCGCCCCCAGCUGAAGGCGGUGGUCCUGAAGACCAUGAUCCGGAAGCCCAAGAAGCCCAACUCUGCCAACAGGAAGUGCGCUCGCGUGCGUCUGUCUAACGGGAAGGAGGCCGUGGUGUUCAUCCCCGGGGAGGGACACAACCUGCAGGAGCACAACGUGGUGCUGGUGGAGGGGGGCAGGACGCAGGAUCUGCCCGGGGUCAAACUCAAAGUGGUCCGAGGGAAAUAUGACUGUGGCCACGUAGUGAAGAAGAAACAGUAGAUGCUGCUGUGAUGGAAACGUGUGUUUGAUAAAGUUGUUGUUGAAUAAAUAAAUACAUACAUGUGCUAAAAGUCA